UAUUUUGUUUGAAUUUCAGUAAGUAAAGUGUUGAUUGAAUAGCAUGCGGGUAUAACAUGCGAUUCGCGAAAAAAAUUGUUAAGUUUUAUGGAUUUAAUUAUUAUUGUUUUUGAUUUUGGCUAAUAUGGACUAAUUGACAAUAUGUGAUUCAAAUUAAACAGUGUUUCUUUCUUUCUCAUCAUCAAUCAUUCACGGAUUACGCUUUAUUUAUCUGAUAAAUUUAUAUACAGAAGUACAAAAUUUGUUUUCAUCUAUAUUACAAUCAAAUUAAAAUACAACAUGCACAAUGAAAGCGGAACAAGAGGCAAUGGCCUUCAUCAUCUCAAGAAUGGCGUGGAUUACGUCAAUCCAGGCGAGGAAGAUCAAAUGGAAAUUUACGGGUAUAAAAGGAACGCAAUUCAAACUGCCACAACUUGGUGUCUGAUCAUCAUCACAGGGGGACUACUUAGACUGAUUUUCCAUUGGGUUCCGCAUUUAAUGUUGCAAGCAACCCAUUCAAAGUGUCUUUUGGAAGAGGCUGAUACCGUUCUGCUUGUAGAGAAAUUUCAGGGCAAACACACAAGUUAUUAUGUGAAGAAAAUAAAGACUCUUACUGCUCAGGAAGUAUCAAAAGCAUCCUCUGACGGAGACUGCCUAAUUGACAAUGAACCAUGGUCGGAAAAUGAUAGUAUCAUCACAGUUUCUGAAGGCAAAGAAUUUCCAAUGUUAUCAGUUCAUCUUUCAGGUGGUCAAUUUAAAUCGGUUCCAUCAAUCAUUACAUUUAAUUGCAAGAAAGUUAUCUACGUCUGGGAGAAAGAUAGAAGUGAAUUUGUCAAACUUAGAGGAUUAGAUAGCGGUGUACUUACUUCCACACUUCAUCAAAUGACUGGACUGAGUUCACUUGAACAGUACAUGAGACGCAGUAUUUAUGGUAACAAUGAAAUAGUAAUUUCGGUGAAAACAAUUUUGACAUUAUUGUGCCUCGAGGUUCUAAAUCCAUUCUACGUCUUCCAAAUCUUCAGUUUUAGUCUUUGGAUUGCUGACAAUUAUGUUUAUUAUGCGAUGGUUAUUCUUACAAUGUCGGGUUUUAGCGUUGGAAUGGCUGUCUUACAGACUCGACGUAAUCAACAAAAUUUACGCACUACGGUUGCGUCUUCCGAUGUUGCAACAGUAUUGCGUGAUCGAACACUGGGUCACACUUGUGAAGUACCUGCAGAACGUCUUGUCCCUGGAGAUAUAUUAGUCAUUCCCCCUCAUGGUUGUCUGAUGCCCUGUGAUGCUGUUCUCCUCACUGGUAAUUGCAUUCUGAAUGAAUCAAUGUUAACUGGCGAAUCUGUUCCCGUCACUAAGACUCCAAUUCCCUCAUCUAAGGAGAUUAUGUACGAUACGAAAGAGCACGCCAGGCAUACCCUUUACUCUGGUACCAAAGUCAUUCAAACCAGAUAUUUUGGUACCGAAAAGGUGCUGGCAGUCGUGAUAAGAACGGGCUUCAACACCAGCAAGGGAGGUCUAGUGAGAUCGAUUCUCUAUCCACCGCCAGUGGACUUUAAAUUCGAGCAGGAUUCAUACAAGUUUGUUAUAAUGCUCGCGGGCAUUGCCGGCAUUGGAGUGAUAUUUACAAUUGUAACCAAAGUUUUGAGAGGCGUUCCAAGUAGUCAUAUAGUGUUAGAAGCCUUGGAUCUCAUAACAAUCGUAGUACCGCCAGCUCUACCUGCAGCCAUGACAGUAGGAAGAUUGGUAGCUCAAAAUCGAUUGGUGAAAAAUAGAAUAUAUUGCACUAGUCCAAGAACAAUUAAUGUUUCCGGUUCGCUCGAUUGCGUGUGUUUCGACAAAACAGGCACAUUAACAGAAGACGGUCUCGACAUGUGGGGAGUGGUUCCUAAUUCAUCGAAGAAAUUUCAAAUCCCCGUUAAGGACAUCACCAUUCUACCGCUUAAUAACGUACUCAUUGGAAUGGUAACAUGUCACGGUAUUACAAUCAUCGAUGGACAAUUAGUAGGCGAUCCGUUGGAUUUAAAAAUGUUUGAAUCAACCGGUUGGGCGUUGGAGGAGCCAAAUGUUUCCGAUACAUCGAAAUUUUCCAUGCUCUUUCCAACGGUUGUUCGUCCACCACCGGGUUCGAAACUUCUCGAUCAAUCGUUCAGUGAAGUAAAAGCCUCGCCAAUGAGACAGAGUUCAACAACAUCCGAAAUGGCGGAGAACAUCUCAUUGAAUAACAUGGAGAGUGUUUUUACAGAAUCAACAGCUGACCUAGCCGAUCAGGGUUUGGAAAUUGGUAUCGUUAGACAAUUUCCCUUCACAUCGAGUCUACAACGUAUGAGUGUUAUCACAAGAACAUUGGGAGCGAAUCACUACGAUUUGUAUUGUAAAGGAAGUCCUGAAAUGAUUCUCAGUCUAUCGAAACCAGAUUCAAUACCAUCGGAUUUUAACAGUAUUCUUCAGGAAUAUACAUCGGAGGGCUAUCGUGUAAUAGCCCUCGCUCACAAGUCUCUUAAUCGUUUAACUUAUGCAAAAGUCCAGAGAAUAGUACGCGAGAAGGUUGAAAGUGAUUUGUCAUUCUUGGGUUUUGUGAUACUUGAGAAUCGACUGAAACCGGAAACAAUGCCUGUGAUAACCGCUUUAAACGCAGCAUCUAUCAAAAUUGCAAUGGUCACUGGCGAUAAUAUGCUAACUGCAUUGUCUGUCGCUAGGGAUUGCGAUAUUGUCAAACCAGGAAUGCCUGUUAUUGCAGUGGCCACAAUUUCACAACAAAAUCAAAUUAAACCUCAGGUCUACUUCACCAGAAGUGAUAGUCAACAUAGUCCAAUGUCUCCCAAUGGUCAAGGUGAUUUUAGCGAAAUGACUGACCUCAAUAGUGUCAUCAGCUUAGAAACAAUUGAAAGUGGCUCCUUUAGUAAUCAUCAGACGGGGAAUAAUUUAAACUACCUCUCUGAUAACAUUUAUCAUUCGAAGAAUAAGUACGUUUUUGCUCUCACUGGAAAAACUUGGGCCAUAAUCAAGCAACAUUAUCCAGAAUUGAUACCAAAGUUAGUAACAAGAGGAGCUAUUUUUGCGAGAAUGUCUCCGGAUCAGAAACAACAACUUGUUCAAGAACUUCAAGCAUUAGGUUAUUAUGUCGCGAUGAUUGGCGAUGGAGCAAACGAUUGCGGCGCAUUAAAAGCAGCUCACACUGGAAUUUCAUUAUCAGAUACGGAAUCAUCAGUGGCGUCUCCAUUCACAAGUCGCGAGACAAAUAUUUCUUGUGUUCUGACAGUGAUUCGUGAAGGCCGAGCAGCACUAGUCACCUCUUUUGGAAUAUUCAAGUACAUGGCUGCCUAUUCACUAAUUCAAUUUGUUUCCGUAAUGUUGCUCUAUGGAAUUGAAUCGAAUUUAACAGACAUUGAAUUUCUCUACAUUGAUCUCUUGAUUAUAUCGAUUUUCGCCUUUUUCUUCGGUAGAACUGAAGCUUACGCUGGACCUCUAGUCAAAACACCACCACUGAACAGUCUCUUUAGUAUCACUCCAAUAAUCAGUCUAUUUAUACAAAUUCUCCUCGUCUCAUUCUUUCAGUACAUAAGUCUCUGGCAUCUUCGGCAAAUGGAAUGGUUCAAACCGUUCGUGGUUGCCGAGGAUAAAGACGAUGUUGGCUGCCAAGAGAAUUACACAAUCUUCAUAAUCAGUUCCUUUCAAUAUAUCAUGCUAGCAGUUGUUUUCUCCAAAGGACCACCAUACAGAAAAUCCCUUUGGACAAAUUAUGGUCUACUAUCCGCUUUUAUACUCCUAACCGUAUUCUCAACCUACCUCGCCAUCUAUCCUCUCGAAUGGUUCCAAGAACAAUUCGAAUUAGUUUUACCCAAGGACAUGAAUUUUCGUUUCUAUAUCGUCGCCUAUGGAAUUGGUAACUUUUUCCUCUCAAUCCUUGUCGAAUACUUUUUAGUCGAAUAUCUCUUCUUUGGCAAACUGCGUCAUCUCUUGUUCAAUAGAAACAAAACAAAGCGAAAGUAUCUAGCAAUUGAAAAAGAAAUGGCUCGCGAUAUAAAAUGGCCACCUUUGUCACUAGAACCACUACCAGAAUCAGCACCCGAUAUACUAAUCCGACAAAGUGUGACGGAAAUUAAAAUCGAAAAACGUCAACCCGAACCAUAUAUUCAGCUUGAUGUGGGAUUUUUGAACGACACUGAGAAUGCGACAUUUAAACGUUUCGGUUCGGCAAGAGAGGUGACACUAAAUCCACGUUCAUUAUUUGAUGAUAAAAGAAAUACAGUCUCAUUGCAAGCGGUACCUUGUUUUGAGGAUAAAGAUCUAACGAUUAAAGAUCAACAACUUGAGCUUGAAGUUAAACGAAGACAUAAUUCAGAAUCGGAGAAUGGAAUAAAUCAUUAUGAGAAUAUAUCACGAAUUCAUAAUACAAAUCCAAUAGCGACUCUUCCUAGGAAUUUGGUAGCCAAUCAUCAACAGCAGAAACUUAGACAAUUUAAAGAUGUAUUGAUUCAUAAAAGCGAGGACUCAAACCUCAGGCCGCAAACUCAAAGUGUUCUUGAACUUGAUAUUCUGCCGUCCUGAGAUACGGCCUCGCUCAAAUUUCCGUUAGUAAAAAGAAUAUCGUCUAAAUUUCGACAAUGGUGCUAUAAUGCCUGGCUCAUUAAUUACGAGCAUCAACUGUUGAAUAAAUUUUGCAUUUAUCGGGCCUGGGUACUUUGUUCUUGUCGUCAGAUUGUGAUGAUUUUCUUAGCGGAAAUACGAGCUAAAAAUUACGUGAAACAAAAAAGAAAAUACUUAUAUUAUAUAAAUUAUUAUUAUUAUUAUUGUGUUUAGAAUUUUUUUUUGUGUCUUAAAGUCUUGUUUUUAUAUUUUAGUAUUUGCAAUUGUACUCCUCCUGACAAAGUAUUAUUAUCAUUGUUUUAAUGUAUGUACAGUUUUGUUUUUUUUUGAAAGAGAUCCAUUUAUUGGAUUAUUAAAUCCAUUAAAGAUCCAUUAAAGGAUUAUGUUUAGUAUGACUCGAUUGUAUUCUCAUUAGACUAGAUUGCAGGUCAAAUGGACGCGAUUUUUAGAAAUUAUAUUUAAACUUCAUGAUGCAUGGUGCGAAUUUAUUUUAUACAUACAUGUAGACAAUGAUUGCCGAGUUUUAAGGAAAAUCGAUUAGACAGUCAAGGAAGUUUUUUUAUUGAUCUAUUUUUCUUUUCAACUAUUCGUUUUAAUUUAUCAUACUGAUUUUAAUUGUGGAGUUAAUUUGGUACUCUUGGUACACCAAUUUGUAUCAAAGUAAUCCACAUUUUAGCAUUAAUUGAAUACUCUUGUUAUCAAUUUGAUAGUUUGGUACCAGUCUGAUCCAAAUUGCACUAAU